AUGAGCCAAGUCCAAGACCGAAACGUUGAAAACCCUUAUAGAUUUGGAGUUCUCAUUGGGAACUGGGUCGAAGAAAGAUACGCAACUGAGUUAUCUCAAAAGCCAAAAGCCCACAUUCCAUUACUUACAACAACCCAAGCAGUUCAUUCAAAACGAAGCACAGCUCAUUACUCAGAACCAAGCCCUUUAAUAGGCGACGAUGUGUUUAUUCCUAACCAAGUUUCCCAACGAGGCGUUGACCGUCACAUCUUUUUUGGCCACGGCCCAGAUCAGCAGGAUUUUGAACAGCGAGAUUUCCGAACCACUUAUGAACUUACAACUGCCAAUAAAAUUCAAGCCCACAAGACCAUCGAAAGCCAUUUUAUCCCUCCUCCACCAGUCCCAAGACCUCAGAGUAUUGCAGCUAAUACAGGAAAGGAAAUGCUGAAGCCUAAGGCUUAUAAUGAGUUUACAAAAAGCUGUGAUGCGGGAUUCAAUAAAAUAGGCUUAAGGCGUUAA